AAAAACAUUCGUCCUCUCUCCCAGCUUCUGGAGAAGUCUAGAGAUAGAAGGACGUACCCACUAUUAGCGCUAGAUAUCUACUUAACUCUCAAACAACUCCAAUUAUCAUCUUAUUCGUUUUGCUUCUGGUGCGUAAUCAGUAGAACGGAAACACUGUUCUAGGGUUUUCUCUCCAUCAUCUUAAUCCCUCUUGGUUUGGGUAUUGUUUGUGGUUCAAUCAAUUUGAUUUGAAAAUAAUAAUGGACGGUUAUUUCCGGUUGAAUAUGAAGAGGAAGGAACUCGAAGAUGUCAAUAAUGAAUUCUCCGAUUUCUCCCUUUCGUCUCCUGCCAGAAAAACCCGUCGACUGGAUGCUGAUUUAUUGCCGGUGAUAAAGGAGGAGGAAUCCGAAAUUCCGAUGUCGUUCGAGCAAUCAGUACCGGAACAGAGCUUUGUAGGGAAUGCGGAGGGUCUGACUAUUGAAGAAUUGCCCAGCGUACCGGAGAAUCAAGAGAGGUCUAUUGUGCUUUUCAAUCCCACGAACAUGCCUCUCCUGCAGUCCCCUUCAAAUUUCUCGAUUUCUGUGAAUCCCGAUCUGAUUUCGGGGUUGAAAAAUCAAGUUUUGUGGUCUGGCCAAUCAAGCAAUUGGAGAUCAGAGAAUGACGAGGCUGUGACAGAGGAUAAGAAUUCCAGUGCAAGUAACAAUUCUCUGGCUGUGGUACCGUGGGUGCCAUCGCAGCAUCUCUCUGCACCAGGUGUUGAGGUUCCUCCUCAAGCGGAUGUUAUUGGAAUGAUGGGCGAUGAAGAAGUAGGGGAUGCAACAAUGGAUAUUGAAGUUGACAAUGACAUGAUUCCUUUCGAGCAAAGGAAUGUAAACGAGUCUAACGGGAUGGGUUUAAGUGACAGUUUACGUCAAUGGCAACAGCAACCCUGGAUGAUUCCACAGCCUCCCCAGAACACGGUAACUCCUGUUGUUUGGUACCGAUGAUUGGCUGAAUUAGUUUGGAUCUUGUAAUUACAACACGGUUUGAUUCUCAUUAUGUGAAUGCUUCUCCCUUUAGAGAUGCAUAGAGUAGAUAGGGCAUGGAAACUGUUCUUCGCCUACGUUCCUAGUUUCCAGCAAAGCAAAAUGUUGUGAUUCCUCUUAAAAGAGAGAUUCGUUUAAGUGUCCACCAUGCCCAGAACUCAUGUUACAUGAUAUGUUAUCACAUUUGCUCAAUUUUGCCCUUUGGACGUAUCAAAAAGUUGGAUGUCGGAAUUUUUUUAUUUCUA